GGAAGUUGUACCUUUCUCCGUCCGUAGGAAUUCGCAAUGUAAAUUAUUUGGGUUCAUUCCACAUGCGCAUAGGACGUUAUACAUGUAUUUCAAAAACACAAUGCCCGUGUACUGUGUACUAACGACAGUCAAACUACAACUAAGUCUACUGGUCAGCGGUCACACCUGUGUACAGACAAGAUCUGUGACCUGAUCAGUGAUGCUGUCCUGGAUGCUCAUCUGGCCGAGGACCCAUUCUCCCGGGUGUCCUGUCAAACUGCCGCCAAGACGGGCAUGGUGUUUGUGUGUGGAGACAUUGUGUCCAAGGCAGAAACUAACUACCAGCAAGUCAUCAGGGAUACUGUCCAACACAUAGGCUACGACACUUCAACUAAGGGGUUUGACUACAGCACAUGCAAUGUCCUGCUAGCUGUAGAGGAUCAUGUACCAUCAACAGAUGUACAAAAUGGGAUGUACAAUUCCAUGGAUAUCAAUGCCCCAUCAACUGAUACUGCACUGAUGUUCGGCUACGCCACAAAUGAAACUGAUGAGUGCAUGCCACUUACAGUGAUACUGUCACAUCAACUAAAUUCCAAAAUGGCUGAACUCCGCAGAAAUGGUCAGCUUUCAUGGGCAAGACCUGAUUCCAAAACACAGGUAACUGUGGAGUACAGAGUGGAAGGUGGCGCCACCAUCCCCAUCCGCGUCCACACAGUGGUCAUCUCUAUCCAGCAUGAUGAUCACGUCACCAUGGAGAAGCUUCGUGAUGACCUCAUGAGCAAGGUCAUCCGAUCGGUCAUUCCUGAGGAGUAUCUGGACGACAGGACCAUCUUUCACCUCCAGCCGUCUGGGAGGUUCAUCAUUGGGGGGCCUCAGGGUGACGCAGGACUCACCGGCAGGAAGAUCAUCGUUGACACGUAUGGAGGAUGGGGAGCUCAUGGUGGGGGGUCACUCUCUGGAAAGGAUCCAACCAAGAUUGACCGUUGUGGUUCGUACGCUGCUCGCUGGGUGGCACUGUCACUCGUCAAGGCCGGACUCUGCAAGCGAGUUCUUGUCCAGGUGUCCUACGCCAUUGGUGUGGCGGAACCAGUAUCGGUGACUGUGUUUGACUACGGCACAUCUUCCAAAAAUAUGAAUGAGUUGUGUGACAUUGUCAAGAAAAACUUUGACCUGCGACCUGGAAAUAUUAUUAAUGAACUGAAUCUCCGUCGACCUAUCUACCAGAAGACUGCCAGCUAUGGCCACUUCGGACGUUCCGAGUUUCCCUGGGAGGAUCCGAAGCCUAUCCAGUCUUAAUGUCGUGUGCUGCAGGCUGGCUGACAAUAUAUAUUGAUUGCUGUAUUCAUAUCAUAUCACAGACAUAUCUUGGAACAGUUUAGUUUCCUUAAUGAUUUUACAAUUCAGAAAAAGAUAAUUUUGAUGGUGUUUAUUUCUGUUUGAGGGUAGUUUUUUUUAUAUUAUGCGUUCAGUCCUGUUUAUUUUCUUAUUGACUUUACAAUUGAGGUAAAGAGAAUCUCUGAUUUUGAUAGAAUAUUAUCUCUUUUUCUUCUUCUAUUACUUAUUAUUAUUAUGUGUACGGGACUGUAUAUAUCCCGGAACAUAAUCAUAUCAUGCCAAUAUAAUGGUUGAUGUCACAAGAUAUUUCCCUUCAAGGCCAGGCCAAAUGUUUUUCUGUGUCUCACCGAUUAUCCUGGUUAGGAUGGCAAGAGACAGAAGGCAUGUUUAAGAUAAUAAAAAAAACUUUGCUUGGGUGAGAUCUGAGGUGAAUUUUCUGAAAAUAGAUCUUUAUUAGAUUUUUUUUAUUUUUGUGUAUGAAAUUUGAAAUGUUCAACUAGGAUUGGCUGUAUUUUCAGAUGAGUUUUGAACAGUCAAUAAUACAUGAAGAGUCUGUUUUGUUUCUGUUUCAGUCGUACACAAUGUGUAGGUUGACAGUCCUUUUAUUUUCUGACCAUUAUGUCGAUAUUUGACAUGGCAGUCUUGGUCAAUUAUAUGAGUCCCACAUAUGUAUCCCAUAUCUGAAUCCCAUAUGUGAAUUCCACUUCUGAAUCCCAUAUCUGAAUCCCAUAGUGCUUUUGGAGAUAUGGUUACAAUAUACAGGUGAUUUGAGAGCAAUUUCAAAUUCCCCUAUUUGUAUGUUGAGACGAAGUUAUACCCAGGUUAUCCCCACUCUGAGCAGUGUUGUUCUGUCUGUAUGUUUGUGUAACUCAUCGUGUACCGAUCUCAGUACAGGACCGAAGCAUCACCAGGCUAGGGUCCUAGGUUGUAUUAAAACCUUGUCAUCACUUUUCUGUCUCCUUUUUGCAUUGCCGUAGAAAAUGUGAGGAUUAAAUGCAGAUCCAAAUCAAAUGAGUCUCUAGGUCAGAUCAAUCUUAUACCGAAAAAUACAUGUAGUCUUGAUUCUGUGAAUCAGCACAUACCAUCAUUGUUUAUCAACACCAUCAUAUCCUACUGGUUAAUUUGCUCUUUACAGAAUGAUGUCCAAAUAUACUACAUAUGCUGGAAUUGAUCAAACUGUCUUUGAUAAGCAAGACAGUCAUCUAUCGUAAGUCUAAAGAAAUUGUCAUUACACUAGUUAUCUGCCGUGUGUCUAAUGGACUAUCAGUACUCUCGUUGUCUAUCGUACAAGUCAUCUAUCGUAAGUCUAAAGAAAUUGUCAUUACACUAGUUAUCUGCCGUGUGUCUAAUGGACUAUCAGUACUCUCGUUGUCUAUCGUACAAGUCAUCUAUCGUAAGUCUAAAGAACUUGUCAUUACACUAGUUAUCUGCCGUGUGUCUAAUGGACUAUCAGUAAUCUAGUUGUCUAUCGUACAAGUCAUCUAUCGUAAGUCUAAAGAACUUGUCAUUACACUAGUUAUCUGCCGUGUGUCUAAUGGACUAUCAGUAAUCUAGUUGUCUAUCGUACAAGUCAUCUAUCGUAAGUCUAAAGAACUUGUCAUUACACUAGUUAUCUGCCGUGUGUCUAAUGGACUAUCAGUACUCUCGUUGUCUAUCGUACAAGUCAUCUAUCGUAAGUCUAAAGAACUUGUCAUUACACUAGUUAUCUGCCGUGUGUCUAAUGGACUAUCAGUACUCUAGUUGUCUAUCGUACAAGUCAUCUAUCGUAAGUCUAAAGAACUUGUCAUUACACUAGUUAUCUGCCGUGUGUCUAAUGGACUAUCAGUACUCUAGUUGUCUAUCGUACAAGUCAUCUAUCGUAAGUCUAAAGAACUUGUCAUUACACUAGUUAUCUGCCGUGUGUCUAAUGGACUAUCAUUACUCUCGUUGUCUAUCGUACAAGUCAUCUAUCGUAAGUCUAAAGAACUUGUCAUUACACUAGUUAUCUGCCGUGUGUCUAAUGGACUAUCAGUAAUCUAGUUGUCUAUCGUACAAGUCAUCUAUCGUAAGUCUACAGAACUUGUCAUUACACUAGUUAUCUGCCGUGUGUCUAAUGGACUAUCAUUACUCUCGUUGUCUAUCGUACAAGUCAUCUAUCGUAAGUCUAAAGAACUUGUCAUUACACUAGUUAUCUGCCGUGUGUCUAAUGGACUAUCAGUACUCUCGUUGUCUAUCGUACAAGUCAUCUAUCGUAAGUCUAAAGAACUUGUCAUUACACUAGUUAUCUGCCGUGUGUCUAAUGGACUAUCAGUAAUCUAGUUGUCUAUCGUACAAGUCAUCUAUCGUAAGUCUAAAGAACUUGUCAUUACACUAGUUAUCUGCCGUGUGUCUAAUGGACUAUCAGUACUCUCGUUGUCUAUCGUACAAGUCAUCUAUCGUAAGUCUACAGAACUUGUCAUUACACUAGUUAUCUGCAGUGUGUCUAAUAGACUAUCAGUACUCAAGUUGUCUAUCGUAGAUCUCAUGAACUACGGAAUCAUUACACUACUUAUCUAUCGUAAGUCUUAAGAACUAUCGUUACAUAAGUUAUGAGGCUGAGUUAUCUAUCAGAGUGUUAAGGUAUUAGCGUGAGCAUGGUUGUCACUCCACUGGACAUUCGUGACCAACUCGUGUUAUUCUGGGACAAGCCGAAUAGCGACUCAUGCCCCUCUCCUGGCCAUUUUUUGCAACUGGGCUCCAUCUAGCGCAAACAAGCAUAGCUAAAAGAAUUGUCAACUCACUGCGUAAUGACUCGGGUAUAUUUUCCCCAUAUAUAUUUUGUCCAGAUUCUUUUUAAAACACAUCAGGACUUGUGGUAUUAUACAGCAUGUUUGAACACAUUUAGCUGUAUGUUGGGUACAUUUUUUUUAUGCAAGACAUAUGAAAAUUAAAAAAUGAUUCCAGAGGGAUUCUUGGCCUGAAGUACUUGAAGUCAUAUGCGCUUUCUGAAUGGUUUGUUGUAUUUUAGCACAUAACAUUCAUUGAUAGGGGAACAAGUCUUCUUGCAGGUCACGGAAAGGGGCGAGUGGUGAUGAAUGUCCAAAGGAAUUAAGUCUUGUUCAAGCCUUGACGGCUGGGUGCAGAAACUAUUCACUCACAAUACAUCACAUCAUCUUUACAGUUUUUUUCAUGACUAUUGACUGAAAUUUCAUUUGCAUUCAUAAAAGAUAUUUACUUAUUUAUUUGAUACUAAUCAUUUUUUGAUGUUGAGAUUAUGAGAAGAGGAAUAUUGAUGGAUAAAAAAAGAGAGCAGGCUACUGGUUAGUCUUUACCUAGCAAAGUAUGUACUUUGUUUGUUAUUGUCUCUUAAAGGGAGAAAAGGUUUUGUCAGUUGAGGAUGUGAAUCUUGAGCCCCAGAACAAUACUUUUUGAGCUUCGAAAGAUAUACACUAUUUUUGUUUUGUGAAUAUGAUAUUGUUUAGUUUAUAAAGCAUUAUUUCCUGGAGAUAUCACUGACUUUUUAUUUUUGUGAAUGGAUUCAGUUUCCUUUUUGCCAUUCUAUGUAGGAUGUUUGUUGAACUUUAACAACAUACUGUCCAAGUGGGCUUAAAUGUGUGCUUAUAUUAGAAUCAUGAGGUCAUCAUGACUGUUUAUACCAUCACCCAACUUGACAAUGGUGGGCAGACCAACCAUGGUCACCAUUUCUAUACUGUGUUCACAAUUAACAUAUUCUCUCCAUUUUAAAUAUUUUUGGUAAAGACAGUGUUUAAAAUAACUGCCUGUCCGACAGUCGUCCAUGAGUCUUUUUCACUGACAGACGUUCAGUUUUGAAAGGUUGAUAGUCAGGGGUUAAAGUUACUAAGUUGACAAUCCACCAGUUUAUUGUUAUUUUCUAAGAACUUACACUUAACAGUACAAUUUUUAUGUUUACCCUUUUCUUGCUUUUGUUCAUUAGAAAAUUCUGGACUGGGAACAUUUUAUGUGGUCUGGUAACUUUGCAGAGAGUGAGUUGCUACUUUCAGAGAUGAAUGCACAACAAGAAUGUGUACAUUGAUUUGAAAUACCUUUUCUUUCAACAUUUUUUGUAGUCAUACCUUCCUGAUUUCUUGUCUACUUUUGCUUGAUCAUCAUUUACAGUUUGGCAGAGGCAUCAUGAUGACCUAUAUGUACUGAAACACAGAAAAACACAUAAUCAACUUUAACUCGACAUCAGAAAAGAUGUGUUUUUGUGCUAAUGUCCAUCUCCAAACACAUCAAAUAAUAUCAAACCCAUACGAGGACAUCGUUGUAUUUGAUUAACUCUUGCCUAAAUACCCAGAACAACUUAAUUUGAUUUUUGUGGCCAUUUUGUACAUAUUAUAAAAAAUCGAAUAUGUUUUCAAAAUGUCUCAGUAUAUAUUAUAUGGAUCAAUGUUUUCCUGGUCAAUGUUUAUUUAUUAAAACCUUUAGGAUGCUGGCGCUUCUGAAGUAUUUGGACAGAUGUCUGUGACUGAUGGUACAGAAACACAACAUGCAUGGGAAUGUCAGUAGAAUGAAGCACCCCACCCAGUAGGAUGUCAUGCAGUCCUAAGUCCCAUAGUUAUUAGUCCUUCUUUGAUGUUGUGCAUUUAUUUUUUAGUUGUUUAUGUUUACUUUUGUUUUCUGUUUAUUUUUGUUUUCAUUGCAAUGGUUCAAUGUCAUAUUCUUGCUACUUGCGAGCAAUCUUUAAAUUAUGUUCAGCUCCCAAUAUAAGAAACACAGUACUAAUUACCCUCAGACUCAAAUAGAUUGUUAUUUAUGUGAACAAUAACAAUAAUCACCUCUCCUAGAGAUGAGAAAUGGUUUGGUUGUAGCCGACUGUUCCUGUGUCUGUAUUGAGUAGUUCCUGGUCUGGGUAACAACAAUGUCUUGGUGAACAUGGAGCGUUUCAAUUGAAAA